CACACUUAGACACACUCAGUCACACUUAGACACUCACACACACACUUAGACACACUCACCCACACACUCGGACACACUCACCCACACACUUAGACACUCACACACACACUCGGACACGGGGCACCCUAAGGAAGGGACACUGAGCAGGAGCAGGAGCAGAUAGACGAGGUAGACGACGAGGGGGAGGAGGAGGAGCAGGAGGAGGAGAUAGACGAGAUAGACGAGGUAGACGACGAGGAGGAGGUAGACGAGGUAGACGACGAGGAGGAGGAGGAGUCGCCAUGACGACGAGCGCGUGGUGCUGCAGCGGCUCCCCGUGGUACCACCGCGACCUGAGCCGCGUGCGCGCCGAGGAGCUGCUGGGUCGAGCGGCCCGGGACGGCUCCUUCCUGCUGCGGGACAGCGAGUCGGUGCCGGGGGCCUUCGCGCUGUGCCUGCUGUUCCAGAACCACGUGCACACUUACCGCAUCCUGCCAGAUGAGGACGGAACACUGGCCGUGCAGACGUCUCAGGGCGUGCAGACGAUUCGCUUUGCGAGCCUCACGGAGUUGGUGUCCACCUACCAGCAGCCCAGCCAGGGCCUCGUGUGCCCGCUGCUCUUCCCCGUGGAGCGCGAGGGCCCCGCAGAGAGCCCAGAGGAGCGUGACUACUCAGAUGUGGAGGAGGAGCGGCCCCCCCUGCCCCCCAGGGCCGUGUUCCCGGCAGGGCCCCCCACUGGGCCCCCCACUGGGCCCCCCACUGGGCCCCCCACUGCGGAGGCGUCUCGCUGUGGGGGGGCUUCCUCGCUGCUGCUGCAGCAGCGCUGGCAGGAGGCAGAGGCCACCAGCCUGGGCAGUGAGCUGGCACUCCUGGUGUCUGAGUACCUGUGCCAGGGCGUCGUGGGGGACACGGAGGAGGUGGCACGGGGCACAGGGGGGGGCCUCCCCCACCUCACGGCGCUCUUCCUCAACGCCUCCAGACGCCUGCACAGUGAGUUGAACUCGUUGCUGCAGGGCCUGGAGGCGCUUGGUCGGCUGUUCGAGCCUCCGCCCAGCACCCCGCUGGGGAAGGCUGCGAAGAGGGGCAGCCCCCCUCCCAGUACACAGGAGGGUGACUUGGAGCUGCUGCUGCUGAAGCUCUCCUCUCUGCGCGAGGUUUUCUCCGGCACCGAGAAGAAGGUGUUGAGGUACCUGCAGGAUCCGGCUCCCCCGCCCCCGCUGGGCCCUGCUCCCGUGAAGACGGUGCGGCGCUUCCGACUCAUCCCCAUACAGACGUUUGAGGUGAAGCUGGACGUGGGUCUGGCCGACCUGGCGAAGAUCGGCAAGUCUCAGCGCUACGAGCUGCAGGUGGACGUCGAGGGGGGGAGGCUCCUCGUCCUGCGCAAAAACAAGGAGUCGGCCGAGGAGGUGCUCAUCUUCUCACACGACAAAGUGCGGCAGCUGAUCAAGUCCCAGCGAGCGCAGUCCAAGCUGGGCAUCGUGUUGGAGCGCGAGCGCGAGCGGACGCAGCGCCGGGACUACGCCUUCGCGAGCCCGCGGAAGCGCGAGGCGUUCUGUCAGCUGAUGCAGCAGAUGAAGUCGCGGCAUUCCAAGCAGGACGAGCCAGACCUCAUCUCCAUCUUCAUCGGCACCUGGAACAUGGGCAGCAGCCCCCCGCCGGCGAGGCAGCUGGGGUCGUGGCUGACGUCGCGAGGCCUGGGCCGCACGCGGGACGAGACGACGGUGGGCAUCCCGCACGACGUCUACGUGCUGGGCCUGCAGGAGAACGCCGCCGGGGAGAAGGAGUGGGAAGGCCUGCUGAGGCUCGCGCUGCGGGACAUCACGGACAUCGACUACCGCAUGAUCGCCGUGCAGAACCUGUGGAACAUGAAGGUGCUGGUUCUGGUGAAAGCCGAGCACGAGAACCGCAUCAGCCACGUGCAGACGUCCAGCGUCAAGACAGGACUGGCCAACGCUCUCGGCAACAAGGGAGCGGUGGGCGUGUCCUUCGUGUUUGGAGGAACCUCCUUCGGCUUCGUCAACUGUCACCUCACCUCGGGCAACGAGAAGACGCACAGACGCAACCAGAACUACCUGGACAUCCUGCGCUUCCUCUCGCUGGGCGACAAGCGGCUGAGCUCCUUCGACAUCACCAACCGCUUCACUCACCUCUUCUGGUUCGGAGACCUCAACUACCGCCUCGACAUGGACGUGCAGGAGAUCAUGGCUCACAUCAACAAGAAGGAGUUUGAUGCCCUACUCAAGGUGGACCAGCUCAACCUGGAGAGGGAGAAGAGCAAGAUCUUCUUGCGCUUCAAUGAGGAGGACAUCAGUUUCCCCCCGACGUACAGAUAUGAGCGCGGCACCCGCGACUCCUACGCCUGGCAGAAGUUCAAGACCACCGGGGUGCGUGUGAAUGUACCGUCGUGGUGUGACCGCAUCCUGUGGAAGUCGUACCCCGAGACGCACAUCGUGUGCAACUCCUACGGCUGCACGGACGACAUCGUGACGAGCGACCACUCCCCGGUGUUCGCCACCUUCGAGGUCGGGGUCACCUCUCAGUUUGUCUCCAAGAAGGGCUCUGCAGAUGAGUCUCACAUCGAGCUGGAGAGCGUGGAGGCCAUCGUGAAGACCACGAGCCGCACCAAGUUCUUCCUGGAGUUCUACUCCAGCUGUCUGGAGGGUCCGUGCAAGAGUGGGGAGAAUGACAGCCAGCAGAGCGAGGUCGCCAACUUCCUCAAGGUCGGCUGGUCCCAGCUGCAGCUGCCGCUGCUGAAGCCGAUGAUAGCGGAUCUGGAGUACCUGCAGGACCAGCACAUCCUGCUCACCGUGCGCUCCAGCGACGGAUACGAGUCCUACGGCGAGUGCUGCCUGGCACUCAAGUCGAUGAUCGGCACGACGCCGCAGCAGUUUGAGACGUUCCUGUCCCACCGCGGAGAGGAGACGGGGAACGUCCGUGGCUGGAUGAAGGUUCGUGUGCCCUCGGACCGGCUGGCCACGCGCGAGCGUCUCUACGCGUGGAUCAGCAUCGACAACGAAGAGCACGUCUCGACGUCCAAGAAGAAGAACCCCUCACCAGCCAUGCCAGGGGACCCCACAGACCCCGCCGGGCCCGCCGGGCGCAAGCCGGGGGUCCCUGCGGGUUUGGGGGGUCCCUCGUCCUACGUCUUCAUGCCUGGGAAGCCGCCGGCCCCCCAGCAGGAGGGGGGUGGGGGGCCCCCGUCCCGGGAAGGGGGCGGCAGGAAGGCGGAGCCAGGCGAGGGCCCCGGGGAGAAGGCGGCGGGGGCGGAGGCCGAGUCGGCCCCGGCAAAGAUCAGCAUCGACAACCCCAACUACUUUAUCCUCUUCCCCGGCUCGCCGGUGCCAAGCAUCCCCACCGGCGCCCCGCCGGCGCCGCCGGCGCCGCCCGCCGCGGGCGACGUCGCCUACCAGGCCCCGGCCCCCGCCCCCGCGAGGGCCGACGCCUCGGCGGACGGCGCCGGCUCGGCCCGGCUGCCCACGCCGGCCCCGCGGACGCGGGGGGGCCCCCGGCACGGCGCCGGGGCCGCGGCGCCGGUCGCCGGGGAGAACGGCGGCGACGGCGAGGAGGAGAACGGCGACGGCUGCCCCUCGCCGAACCGGCCGCCGCCGGACUACCCCCCGCCCCCGCUACCGGGCGGCGAGGCCCGGGGAGCGGCCGCCCCCCUGCGUGGAGGCCCCGGCGGCGCCGCGCCGGCCGCGGCGCACGACCACGACCUCGGCUGGGACGCGGAGGCGACGGCGGAGGGCCUCUGCUACGAGAUGGAGUCAAUACGGGAGGACGAGGAGGAGGACGAAGACGAGGAGGAGGACGAAGAGGACGAGGAGGAGGGGGGGCGGCGGCGGCGGCAGAGGGGGGGGGGCGGCUGGCAGGGCGGCGGUCGCGCCGUGGACACGCGCAGCGUGCUGGGGCUCGUUGCCGACCAGCUGAUGUUCGUUAGCCGGGCCCGCCCGGAGCGGCCCGGCGGUCCCCCGGGCCUCCCGGGCCCCCGGCCUCCGGCGGAGACGCGUCCCGCCGACGACCGCUCGUGGUUCGCCCUGCAGAUGGCCAAGUCGCUGUACGAGGGCGACGCGGCGGGGACGGCCCCCCGCGGGCCCGCCGGGGAGGCCGCCCCGGCCCCCGACGGGGAGGAGGGCCGCCGGCGCACGGCCAGGGGGGGCCCCCGGGCCGUGGGCCACUGGCUCGGGGCGUUGGGGCUGGAGGCGUACGAGGCGGCGCUCGUGAGGAACGGCUGGGACGACGUCGACUACCUGGGGGAUCUCACCGUGGACGACCUGGAGGAGGUGGGGGUCGCCGACCCCGAGCACCAGCGCCUCAUCCUUCUCAACCUCCCGGCGCCGGCGAGCGACACGUGACUCUGCCACGCCGCCGCCGCCGCCGCCGCGGCGCUCGACAGCCGCGGCGCCCCCCACCCGCCCCCCCCCAU